UAACAUUAUGGAGUUCCACCAUCUUCUUUCAUGGAUGUGCGUGGUGAUUGUGAACGCGGGCCCUGCCGACAGAGGAAGGAACGAUAUCACUUUAAAUACUGAAAAACUUAACGAACUCGGCAGCCAGGGACAGUUGUUGUUACGUCACAUAGCGAUUACAACCCACAGCUGCGGCAUAAAGGAACAACCGAAAUUCAGAAGGAAGCUGCUCCGCCACAGCUCCGUCACAUGCAACGACGGCAGCCCAGCCGGGUAUUACAUCCGGAAGUCACAUGGAAGCUCAAAGUGGAUCGUAUUUUUAGAAGGUGGAUGGUACUGCCUUGACAGGACGAGCUGUGCCGAGAGAUACACAGUCAUGCGAGACUUCAUGAGCUCCAGAAAUUGGCCUCGACAUCGGAAAGCGUCAGGAAUCUUGUCAUGGGACCCGGAAGAAAAUCCAUUUUACUUUCACGCAAACAUGGUGAUUGUGCCGUAUUGUUCUAGCGACUCCUGGAGUGGGGCCAGAAACUCGUCAUCAAGAGGUGACUUUGCCUUCAUGGGUUCCCUGAUCCUGGAGGAGGUUGUGAAGGAGCUGCUCAAGAAGGGGCUGAGGAACGCCAAGAAGAUGCUGGUGAUGGGGAGCAGCGCUGGGGGCACAGGUGUCUUGCUUAACCUGGAUCGAAUGGCGAAGGUGGUGAAGGACCGCGCCCCAGGGGUGGAGGUGAGGGGAGUCGCGGACGCAGGGUGGUUCCUGGACAACGAACCCUACAAGGAGAGGCACUGCCGGGACGCCUACACCUGCUCCCCAACAGAUGGCAUCAAGAAAGGAAUCGAAUACUGGCAUCCCCGUCUACCCGAGGACUGUAUAGCUAGACACCCUUCUGAGGUAUGGCGGUGCUACUUCGGCCAUAGGAUAUACCCGUCAUUGAAAACGCCAGUUUUCAUCAUCCAGAACCUGUACGACGCGGCCCAGAUCAAGGUGGAUAAUGUAUUCGAGGACAAAGGUCGGGGGUCAGAUCUGUCCAAUGACCAAUGGAUGUAUCUGUUACAACUGGGCGAGGAAAUCAAGGAAACGCUCAUGAAUGCAUCUGCCGUCUUUGCCCCAGCGUGUGUCUCGCACGAUGUCCUCACGAAGAGUGAGUGGCACAAGACCAGCAUAGCAGGGGUGACGUUGGCACAGUCUAUAUUCUGCUGGGAAGAGAGCAACGCCGGCAAGCGACAGUGUGGAAAAUCUACCUCAAAUAAAAGAAAAAUCAGCCUGUUAGGAGUCAAUGAAACCCCUCUUGCUGACGAGCCUCCAUCUGGGUCAGUCUAUCAGAGACGUCGACAGAAGAACCGGAAGAAGAGGAGGCGAAACAAGAGGAAGAGGAGGAAGAACAGAGGUCGCAAUGGAAACAGAGACAAAAGAGCCGCCAAGAGUAACUGCAAGUCCCAUCUGAUCGACAGUUGUCCAUGGCCCCACUGUAACUGUUCAUGUCCCAAGUGCCCGUGGGCCACGAUGGCUGAGGUGAGCCAGUACUUCAUGAAGUCUCUGGCUGGCGUCAUGGGGAUCGACCCCAAGAAGAUGCAGAACGUCAAUUUGUGCGGAUACUGAACCGUUCAUCUGAGGUUCCAAACUCAGGCUUCUUGCUUUGACAAUAUGUCGUGCGGAAAGUAGCACACCACAUAUACCUCCAUAUCUCGCGAUAUUUAGCGAGACCCAGACCGGUCCAAGAGCCUUGCUUUGGAGCACGACGCUAUUAAGGCGAUAGUUUCUGGAAAUGAAAGACUCCUUUAGCCCUAUACAUGUUGGCACGGACUACGAUAUUUCGAAUGUGUCGUUAAUGGUUUAUAUCAGAACGUGUGGCACUGUGAAAAAUAGUUGCAAUAAUCUGAGGGCAGCAUUGAACGUGGAGCCAAGGGUUUUGUUAUGAGAAGAAUAUAUUGCCAUAUUGAUGAUGAGUUGCAAUGCAAUCACAAUCUCAUUAAAAUCAAAUCUUUUAUUCUGAUACCAAACCACUCUCUGUAAAGAUGUUUUGGCAAAACCAGCGAAAGUAUAUAUACCACCCACAGUAUCAACCGUUCCUGAGCCAUCUGCACUACACGGCUUUAUUUGUUUGCAUUCGGGUUUCCUCGACUAGAUUCGUAUUAACAUUCAGGGCCCAGAUUUUCGAAGCUCUCUUAGCGCUAAGAUAGUCGUAAGUGCCAUACAUUAACAUUAAUUUUCGACUAUAUUAGCGCUAAGAGAGCUUCGAAAAUCUGGGCCCUGGUUCCCUCGACAAGAGUCGUUUUGGAGAUCCACAUAAAUCAGAUAACAUUUACUGAAUGCAUUGAACGUGUGCACGUAUCACUCAAUCGUACUGAAAAUAAAUACCAGUCAGACAAAACAUUUCUCAGGCAAGACUUUAAUGAGAUCUUUAUGUUGAGUGAUUCCGCGUCGGACUAAAAGAUCUGAUUUUAAUGAGAUUGAAUGAAACCUGUAAUUCUCUUUGUAUAUAAUGUCACGUGACAUGGCAUUCAUGUUGAUUGGAUAUUGUGGUAUCGUGACGUCACUCCGAUUUUGAGUGUUGAUUUGCUGGCUGCAGUGACGUCUUUUGUUGUGUUCUGUUCUCAUGCGCGUUCAUUCACAUAUAACAAACUCCGAUCUACCUCCUGGGUAUCAGAAUGUUCACUAUAGGCUUCAAGUUCUGCUAUUGUUCGUACUGCGGUUCAUGUUUUAUGUGUUCUAUUUUCAAAAAGCUACAUUCGAUACCUUAUUCAGAGUAGGUUCAAAUUAAAAUUGGAAUAAUCAAAUUAGUUACCACUUGUUUAAAAGUUUGACUUCGAUGAUCUGUCAAGAUAUUUAACGAAAUGAACAGGCUAUGAUGUGUUAUUUUUACGAAUCUGUUAAUUUGUUUUGAUAAUAAUAAACUAUAAAAUCGAAGAUCUUUAAACGAAGUAGACAAGGUGGUGAAAUCACACCCUAUGUUUUCCAAAUUACGUAAUCUGAAGAUUUCGGAAUGGAAAAUGAGCGAAAGUACAGGUCAAAUUAUAAUACCCUGUAUAUUUUAUUCUCUUCAAAAUGGUCGAGAGGUUUGAACAUAAAUUCUCAACAAAUUUUGAUUAUUAAUUUUGUUUAAAUUAUUGUGUUUAUAUUGACAGAGACUCUAAAUGAGUUGCGUUUGUUAAUAUGUUGUUUGUUUUUUGUUGGCCGCAUAAAAAGGCAUUUAUUUUUAUUUUUUAUUUCAUUAUAUUUUUUGUGCGUCAGCGGAUUCGUAAACCUAGGUAACGGUUAAGUGGAAGUACGUUUAUGUCGAGUGAGAUGUAUGAACACAUUGAAGAAGGGUAUCAGUCCGAAGCCUUUCCGAGAACCUUACGUCAAUCAUGAAAACCCGAGAACUGUAAUCCAGUUCGAUAGUGUGUCUCUAUAUACUGAUGGACACAAGUAAGAGAACGCAUAUAAACGUAAGCAUUUGCCUGUGACACCAUAUAUGUAACAAGAAUUCGCCUGGCAAUGCAAUCAAGUAGUUCUAAUGGUUUACUCACGGGCUGGUUGUGACGUCAUGAAUGUCGUCAUAUCCUGUUGUUAACAAUGCAUACAUAUUGUGACGUAUUAGUGCUUAAACUGACCAAUCACCUUUGAGAAUGUGAAAUACACGUGUUGCAUUAAAGGAAAAAAGAUUAAACAAGAGGGUUUUCCCUUCCUUACAAUAGUAAAAAUAAACUGACGUUCAAAAGAAAGUACACACUGAUUCUUUGGUAAAAUAUGUUCUUAAAAACAGCAUUAAUAUUUAAAAAGUGUUUUGAUUCUGCCUUAUCACGAACAUUGUGCAAGGGUUUCCAAAACACCACAGAUAUCGUAACCAAAUGUCGUACCCAAUUACAACAUUGCUAGCAAAAUAUUUAUGGGGGUUUUCUUUGGGAAAUAUUCCUAAAACACCAGGUGUGAACUUUGUUAUGUCCGUCAGUAUAUAUGGCUAGCAUUGGACAACUUAACACUCUAAAUUCACAGGCUUUCCGAAAUGCUUCCAAACCGUUGACUAAAUGCUGUUGUAGUGUACAGUGGUAAGACAAUCCGUAUUUGUGACUGUGUUUCUCAUGUCCUUUACGAUCUUAAAUUGUCGUUCUGCUAAAGUUAGUUAUAAAUAUCCAGUCAAUACGUCCUGUAACGAAUUUCUUGCGUCGAAACAAAAUGCGCGUGAGGAUAUACGAAGAAGGGAGGUAACUCUGACCUUUUCGGAUCUAUUUCAAGAUCUUUACACUGAUCCAAAACACUAGAUGUGCUCCGAAUAUAGCUCAAAGGCGAUCUAACGGAACCAUUUUUGCACAAAAUUCAUUAACAGUAGCCAACUUAUUUGUUGUCUUCACAACCAGAUAUGGGUUCAUUUAUAGUCAAGAUUUGACAUUCUUCCGCCCACUCAAUCACUCAGGAGCUGACCUGGAGAUGAUGAAAACUGGGAAUAAUACGAAUAUAAAUGUUGAUACAGAGAACUUCAUGUGAACAGUCUGAAAAAUACAUUAUUGUGCUAUCGUCGUUUUCAAAAAUAUGAAAUACCUUGGGGGAUUUGGAAUUUCAUUUCGGAAAAAAAUCCGAUGUGUAAAACAAAAGCACCAUUUGGUCCGUCUUUUGUAUGAUUUUCGUCAAGGCAUCGCCCUUUUCAUCCAUACAUCAAGUAUGUACAAGGAUGCAACACUUCCCUAAGAUAUACUGCUCAAAAGAAGUUGAGGACCACCCGGAAACAGUAGCCAUGGUAUGACAGGUGACUGUAGAAGUGUGAAGGAAUCGGCAGGCAUCUUUCGAGUAGUGUUCCAUCUGUUCAGGAAACGAUACCCAGGUUGUGCUGUAUAAUGCCUAUUGUCCAAUGUUCAUGGUAACCAUGGCAACACGAUGUCACGUGGGCAGGAGGCCCUGUAUUUUUCACGUUACGGGUAUCGAGAUUUACCACGAGUUGUAUUACAUGUUUGUUGAGAUGUCAGUAUUGGAUUUGUAGCGCUUGUAUGAGUCUCUGCAGUUAAGCUCUGUUACCAUGGUGAUCUUGACAAUUUGGCACCGUCAUUUUGUUUGGUUUGUCAUUCUAAAAAUUGCAUGAUUUUUUAUAUUGUGAAAAAGUAUAGACCUAUUUGAUAUGACAUCCUAUCGUUUUUAAAGAGUAUUUAGCACGAUACAUUUACUGGAAUCAUUUGAAAUAGUUAUCACAUGGUCCAUAAACUUGCUUGCAGAGAAUUGCAACAUAAAUUAGUUUCUCAUCCACGGGCGCUGCCGUGCAUCUUCAACACACUGCCUUUUGUUUGUCUUGUGGAGGAGCGACUUCUCGGAGUGUGCGAGAAAGUGCGUGAUUUGCCCCGAUAUUUGGAGGGCAUAUUUUCUAUUUUCGUGAUAUGUGUUUCGAGUUUGUGUACGUGCAUAUUAUUGCAUUAUAUUUCAGUACAUAAAGUCUGAGCUGUGAAUAGUUUUUGUAAGCAAAGUGCUAUUUUAAUCAUUUGACACUAACCAUAUGUAAGGUUAUUGAUAACACAGACCUGUUGAUACAGUACCAAAGACGUAUAAAACUGCGCGAGAAUGUU